AACUUCUGAACCGCUAAAGCACAGGAAAUAUAAAGAAGAUCUGGGAGUUUGAGGUUAUACUAAGUCCACUUCUACAUCCGUAUGUACAAACCAGCCAAGUCUGAUGUGCUUUCUAAACUAGUGUGUGCACCUUUCUUCGAAACUUACUGUUUUCAAGUUUUCACAUAGAGAAUUAAAAACUCGAACUUUUAUCUGAUGAGCUAAAUUAUUAGAUAAUCAUGAACUUCUGUUCUGUCUUGAACAGGUCAAUGGGUGCGUGCUUUCGAUGAACGUAAUACAAACAAACACAACAUAUUUCACACUGAUGAUGGUACGGAAAUACCAAAUUUUACUUUGAUGUAUGCAAAAGAUGCCUAUUUUUAUUACGAUGGUACGAAUGAACUCAAUGCCAGAAUCUUGAACAUUCCGUACAAAAGUCAUGGAAACAGUCAAUUUGUGUUUACUGUCAUUUUGCCAAAUCACAAUGUAAAACUCUCGGAUGUUGAAUCAAAACUAUAUGCUUCCAAUGACAUGAAAGAAAUCUACGCAAAACUUCGACAUACUGGAAACAUUAAGUUAUGGUUACCAAAAUUCAAAAUCGAAUAUCGAUUCGUGUUAAAUAAUAUGUUACAAAAGUUAGGCAUGCAUGAUGCAUUCAAUAAUAAUGCUAAUUUUAGUGGCAUAAGUAACGAAGAAAAUUUAGAAAUAAGUAAAGUAAUACAUAAAGCAUUUGUUGAAGUUAAUGAAUUGGGAACCGAAGCAGCAGCAGCCACUGCAGUAGUUAGUUCAAUGUCAGGAGCGCGAUUACCACCUGUGAAACCUCUAUCAAUUGAAUUUCGUUGCGAUCGAUCGUUUAUUUAUAUGAUUCGUGAACAUGGCUCUUCAAUUACACUCUUUCAGGGACGAUUCAUUAAACCGUAA